UUGAAAUCACUCGCCAACGGCAUCAAGGAUCUCCCUUUUCGGACCGGUGACCGAGACCAUACGCCAACCUCCCACCAAUAGAGGCCAAAUGAAUCGAGCGUAGGGACGCGUUGCAGCACUAUAGCAGAUAAAUAGGCAACCAAUCACCAUGUUGAAACGAUCCACGAAGAAACGAUCCCAUCAAAAGAGUGCUCAAUUGAUUCUGGAAGCCAACGCAACCUUCUAUUCUGCAUUUUCCACAUUAGAGUACGAUGCCAUGGAAAACCUGUGGCUCCCGGAUGACACGAGCAUAUGCAUCUUCCCCUCCUCCAGACCGCUCAAAGGCUUCUCGGCCAUCAUGAAGAGCUGGAAACACGCCGUGGAAGCCAUGGACGGGAACAACUUGCGGAACUGGAUGGCACCUGAUGACAUCCAGUUUGAAUACCUCGGAACCAACAAGGCCACCAUUGUGUGCGAUGAGCUGAUAUUUGUCAGCUCGAGUCGUAUGGUCCAAGGAAAUGUCUUUCAGCACACCGACGUGGUCAACAAAUUUCGAGCACGAAACAUGUUCAAAAAAGUUGGGAAUCGCUGGUAUCUGUGUUACCAUGAAGCAUUCCUCUUUCAAGACAGUAACCCUCUCGACGAAUUGGGACUCAGUGCAUCCUCCUCGGAAGACUCCAAAUCAACCUUCCUCACCAUGAUGACCAGGAGAACCGAACGAAAGCGAGAUCGAAACCCCUUCAACAUGUUCUUGCUGAAUUGGAACAUGUGUUCUCCCUUUGACUGUGGGCGGCGGCCUUAACACCACGGCAGUGUCGUGUAUCAUCAAGCUUUGGCUCCAUCGCUGGUUGUCAUCCCUGGAUGUCAGUGGUAUGCAUCCAGUUGCAGGCCAUUGAAACGGAGCAAGCAGCCUCAUGACGUGAUCCCAGCAAGGCUCCCAACACAGCUGGCCCUCGCGUGUUAUCAUCCUUACGAUAGAGUACCAACCAACCAACCAACCAACCAACAAAGCACCCAUUCUUCGCUUCGGCUAACGAGCUACCAGCCAGGCAAAAGAUUCUUUUGGUAUUCCACGGCUCGCGCUAGAGCUCUGUGCUGUGAUCGACCAUGACGUUGCAAUCAUUCGCUAAACGCUAAACGAUCCUAAACUACCUCACGAAAAACCUUGCAUAUCCUUCUGACCCAGCCAUCUCCCUUUUCUGGUGAAGAAGUUGAUGAACCUAUCCUACUAGCUGUAACCUAAGCUGUAUCUUAUGCCACUUUCCCAACACCUGCCUCUCCCAACUGCAGUCACCUGGAUUCACGAUCCAAACUGAAGAUGGGGUAGUGGCGAACUGCCAAUGCCUGCUACGGUAUGCUUGUACUAUAUUCGUUUUCGGGCACCAGAUGUCACUGGUUGGUGG